GAUGAGACGGCUAACAAGACAUGGGUGCUGACUCCCAAAGUAUAUGAGAGCGAUGUCACGCACAUCCUAAAUAGCCUACUUGACGGAUAUGACAACAAACUCAGACCCGACAUUGGAGUCAAACCGACAGUGAUUCACACGGACAUGUUUGUCAACAGCAUCGGACCAGUAAAUGCCAUCAACAUGGAAUACACCAUCGACAUCUUUUUCGCCCAGACCUGGUACGACAGAAGGUUGAAGUUCAACAGCACCAUGAAGGUCCUGCGUCUCAACAGCAACAUGGUCGGAAAGAUCUGGAUCCCGGAUACUUUCUUCCGUAACUCGAAGAAGGCGGACGCUCACUGGAUCACCACGCCCAAUCGCAUGCUUCGAAUCUGGAACGACGGUCGGAUACUGUACACGCUGAGGUUGACCAUCGAUGCCGAGUGCCAGCUUAAAUUGAACAACUUCCCUAUGGAUGAGCAUUCGUGUCCCCUGGAGUUUUCAAGCUACGGCUACCCCAGGGAGGAGAUUGUGUAUAAGUGGAAGAGGAGCUCAGUGGAGGUUGGCGACAUUCGCUCCUGGAGGCUCUAUCAGUUCUCCUUUGUGGGUCUGAGGAACACUUCUGAGGUUGUCAGGACUGUCUCAGGAGACUACGUGGUGCUGACCGUCUUCUUUGACCUGAGCAGGAGAAUGGGCUACUUCACAAUCCAGACCUACAUUCCAUGCACCCUAAUUGUUGUCCUCUCCUGGGUCUCCUUCUGGAUCAACAAGGACGCAGUUCCGGCCAGGACAUCAUUAGGAAUCACCACUGUGCUAACCAUGACCACGCUGAGUACCAUCGCCAGGAAAUCCCUCCCAAAAGUCUCUUACGUGACCGCCAUGGACCUGUUCGUCUCCGUCUGCUUCAUCUUCGUCUUCGCCGCGCUCAUAGAGUACGGCACGCUGCACUACUUUGUCAGCAACAGGAAGCCGAGCGCCAAAAAGGACAAGAAGAAGAAAAAUCCGCUCCUCCGGCUCUUUUCCUCAAAGCAGACACCUACAGUAGACAUCCGUCCACGGUCAGCCACGGCGAUUCAAAUGAACAACGCCACGCACAUGCAGGAGCGGGACGAGGAGUACGGCUACGAGUGUCUGGACGGGAAGGACUGCACCAGCUUCUUCUGCUGUUUCGAGGACUGCCGCUCCGGCGCCUGGCGGCACGGCAGGUUGCACAUUCGCAUUGCGAAAAUUGACUCGUACGCACGCAUCUUCUUCCCCACCGCGUUUGGUCUCUUCAACCUCGUCUACUGGGUGUCCUAUCUGUAUCUCUAAGCCCAGUGUGUGUAUCCAGCCUUAUCGUACACGUCAUUCUAUGUAUUCUACAUAUGCUCUGUGCCAGCAGAGGACAUUUUCAUGGAGGGGACCCUCUGAAACCCACCAGAGAUUUUGAUUUCAAGUAUUUUCUUUCUUUAACUCUCUGGUUUUAAUCUCUUAUAUCCGACAACUUUUAACAGACAUUGCAAAUGUUGUAGCAUUACACUUUACUGGCAUGGAGAGAGGGUUUGCGGAUGUGUAUUAAAAGCAUUGACUGUGUGAGCAAUUAACUAAGAAGUGUUUAAACAUGUUUAGUUUUGUAUUUCUUUCUUUCCACCAUUCUAUUAUUUAUUUUGACACAAUUACGGCAGCAAAAAUUAAAAAAAAAAAAUAGAUGUGUAUCACGUUAUGGCGCAGUAUGGUUAAUUGUGAAAUCAAAAUAUUAUUUAUUAUUUGUUAUUAACGUGAACAGUUUACUGUAAGUUUCAUGUUAUAAGAAGAACAAAGGUUUAUUGACGCGGGUCUAGGAUAUUAAAGAUAAGGAAAAACAUAAAUCAUGGAGCCUUCCAUGUUCCAGGAAUGACACGACCUCAAGCAGGUCAGACUAAUGUUUCCUUCGGUGCAGCUCCAUGCAUUUUAAAUUAAAAUCCCUUUUAGUGUCUGCAGACCUAUGGUCCACACAGAGCGAGGACUAUUAAAGCACACUUAGCUGCUCACCCAGAAUAAACCCUUACACUUAGCCAGUCACUCUUCACACAAAAGGGAAAAAAAACACCACGGAACAAUAUUAAAACUACAAUCCCAGUUUCAUCCACUAUGAUCAAUAACAGCCAAAUCUCUAACAAAGCAGGAUGUAGAACUUAAUUCAUCUCUUAUUUCCACAACUCAGUCUAACGACGACUUUCUCCAACUAUUAUUUAAAUUAUUAAGUUUAUUUAAAACGUAGUAUUGUCUAAUUCUCGAUUUUAUUUGGAAGUGAGUUAUUUCUUUCUUUGCGCUGUUUUAAAGUGAAUCAAAUGUAUUUGUGUGCUCUUAUCUUCAGUAUAUCCUGAUUUAUUUAUUGAUCUGAUGGCCCUCGUCUGCAUUGUACAGUACAUAUUGGUUGUAUAUUACUUUUCUACACUCAAAUAUGAUAAAAGUAAUGAACAAUCUAAUGUAUAUUAUGUGCUUUCUGAUUGCGAAUAUUAUGCCUUGCUUGUUUCCCCAGGACGGCAACAUUUAAGGUGUCUAAGAUCACGCCAUCAAUACUUACUUUUCUAUAUUUCUCUCAUGUUUUCCAAACAACAUAAAAUGAGUUUGUUUUAAUCUAAAGAUUUUUACUAUAAACUAUCCUGUUCCAACGUGAAAUACAUCUAUUUUUAGUUAGUAAUAUGCUGCCGUACACAAUAAACAAUUAAAAAUAAAGUAGAAAUUCAGAUUACAACACACAAUCAUCAAAAAGAAUGAAAAUCUGUCUCAUUGCUUUUCUUUUCUUUUCUUUUUUUUUACUGAACACAAUCAAACACAAAACCUAAAGCACUUUAAAGAGCUUUGAAUUGUUUGUUUUUCUUAAUGCUUAUUUAUUUUUGGUUUUAUUUGGCUGACGUGUUCGUUGGCACAAUUAUAUUAAUAUUAAUAUAAUAUUUCACGUGUGGUCGGACGGCAGUGACGCUGUGUACAAAUCCAAUGCUCAACUGUACAGACACUGUAUAUAUAUUUUACGAUUACAUAGUGGUUUACAUUUACUGCAUGCACAUUUCAGGCCAAAAAAAGAAAAGAUUCAACAUGUUUUAUGGUCUUCUAUUGUUGGAUAUGGAAACUAAUAAACAAGCGCUGUUGAUUAUCAUUCAGGAUUUAAUUAUACCUUCUUUUUUUUUAAGAAAAUUGGAAAAUUCGAUGAUAAAAAAGUUGAGUUACUCAUUUUCUUUGGAGCCGUUAGCGACAUAAAUAAAACAGGCGUUCGAUUCUUUUUUCCUUUUGCUGAUGAAAGUGAGCAACUUCUUACGAGACAGAAAGUACCACAGCAAAUUAUGUAAUUAUUAUCAUUAUUAUUAUUAUUAUUAGUAUUAAAACUUUUAUCUAAAUCUUCUGUCUGUGCUUCCCGUGAGCAGAGAUAUGAAUACAGCUGCUGUGUAAAACAGGUUGACAACUGCACUUAAGAAGAAUUAAGUUAGAAUCUAAGAUUACUAACAAGCUUAUAAUAUUAUAAAUAUAUCAAAUAAUGAAGAGGAUUAGGGCCACACAGGAAAGACAUAUUUGAGUUCUGACUUUAAACUCCGAAUUUUUGAUUCUGACUCAAAAUUAAGGUCAGAAUUCUGAGUUUAUAGUCAGAACUCAAAUGUGUUAUUUCUGUGUGGCCCUGAUCCUCUUCCAUAAGAAAGAAACUUGAGAUAUAUAUAUAUAUAUAUAUAUAUAAGUCUUUUAUAAAAAGGCUUUAAAUAAUCAGUGAGGAAACAAACACGAACAGAACGUAACGCAAGCGUCUGAACUGCAAACGCUCGCUACGAUAAAAACACAACUUUUUUGAUAAACGCCACGUAUGCAACGAACGGAGACGGCGCUCGAGUGUGGUAUUUGUAAACAUUUCAAAAGGACUGGGUGUAAAUCACGUUGUUUUUGUACAUGAAUUAUGAACAGAAGAAGAAGAAGAAGACGACAACGUUUGUCAGGCCCCUUGAAUUUUUUGUAAAAGGGAAUCUAUUUUGUAACCUCAGCAUUGUUAGAGUAUAUCAUCAUACAGUAUAUUAGACUCAUUGUAUUAUGCUGGAGCGAUGUAGAAUAUUUAGUAUUUAUUUAUUUAUUAAUUGACGGUAUUUAUUUAUUCACAUAUUUAUUCUUUUAAGGAAAAAAAAAAAAAAAGACGUACUUUACGUUGACACUGCCCUUGAAAAGAAACACAAAAAUGCUGUCAUUUAUAUCAAUUAUACAUUUUUUUGUUCGAUGUGUCAAUGGAGCUGGAGCUUAUUUAUCUUUGUGUUUUUUUCUAUGUUGUGAUCAAUGUGCUCUGCUCUCUGUCAAAUAUCUGUCAUCUCUGUCAAAGCAGUGAGUUGCGACAUCGCUCGUUGUGCCGCUUCCGACUUAUGGACUUCAAUAAUAUAAUCAUUUCAGGGGGGAAACGACGAAGAAGAAACACACACAAAAAAGAGUAUUUACUUGUCAAAGUGACAGUGUCACUGGUCUCUACUCUUUGCUCUCAUUAAUAAACCAUCACUGAUUAUACUAAUAUGCUUUUAAUACAUCAUCAUCAUGUAUUAUCCCUGAAGUUCUUUCACCUUUUGUAUUUAACUGUGGUCCUGUUGUAUAGUCUAGACCUUUAGUUUAGACGCCGUCUCUCGCACACACACACACACACACACACACACAGUAGCAAUGUCAUCAGUGUUCAGUGUCGUCGAAAGAGUGCUAACGUCUCAUAUAAAGUGCCAAACUGACACAUGCAAUAGAAAAUAUCCAACUGUCACGUCAUUUGUGAAUCCGAUCGUGCUGAUUUGUGGAUGUAAAGUUUCGCCUUUUCUUCCAGAAACAGCCACAGAAUGAACGUUAUGUUUCCCCCAGACGUGGAUUUGCAGGCGAUCUGUCUAUAAACGGAUUUAUUUUAUUAUAUAUAUAUAUAUAUAUACACACCUAUCUACUAACAGAGCAUGUCAUGUGUUUGAACAGCUUUGCAGCAAACAUACAGUAUAAAGAUGUUUUUUUGUUUUUGUUUUUGUUUUUUCAAAUGUCAGUUUAAAGCUUGUCUAUUAUAUUUAUAAGAUUUAUAUUCUGUGCACUCAUGUACAUGCAGAGGUUCCUUCCAACGUGUAUGGAAGGAACUAGAAUGUGUUAUGAUUCAGAAACGGGGACGUUUUCAAGAACUGGCACAGACUCAUGCACUGUUUGGUCUGGUACUUAUAGCCUCAUCAUUGACAUGUGUUUUGAUUUAUUGAUUGAUUGAUUGAUUUAUGGGCCCACAAAUGAGACAUUUAUGUAAAUGGCACAUGUAGAUAUUUUCUAUUGUUGUGUAUUUAUGUCAGAAAUGCAGAAAAAAAAACAAAAAAUAAUGCCGCACUGGAAUGACAGAGCUCAGUAAAAAAGGUAUCCAAGAACAAAAAUAAAUUUCAUAUGAUUCUCAUACAUACAUUAUGUUAGUCGUUUGCUAUCUAUGUACAUUUGGGUAUUGUUAUUAAAUGGGGCGUUGCUCAAUUCUGCAUAAUAUACGAUAAACGUUCUGGGAAAAACUCUGUUUUACAAUGAAUUCAGUGCAUUUAUCAGUGCAUAUGUUAUUAUUAUUAUUAUUAUUGUUAUUGUUACUAAAGUUCUGUUUUCUUGGUCCUUAAGAAGCUCAAGUUGCCAUGGAAGCGGUUCCCUCCUCCAUAAUUAAACCAAAAACAUAUGCAUACUCUA